CAUAAGAAGCACAAAUAUUCCCGUGACGUCACUCGGAAUGCCCGAAUUCUAGCGCCACAAAGGGACGCCAGGCGUCCCGGCGUUGGCGCCUGUUUAUCCAGUGUGCUCCCAGCAUCCAGCUGGAACGGACGUAUCGCGUCGGGAACAACCAUUUCGUCCAAAAACUUUCCAACUUUAUGGAUUUGUAAGAGAGUUGCGAGAGGAUUGUUUGGUUGAAUGCGGUCCACGACGUAAAGAAAUCCAACGUAGGGUAAGCCGCCCACCAACAAAAUGCCGGUUGGAGGCAGAGUCGCUGGGAAAGUUACCGGAUAUAUCUCCAAUGGAUAUAAUGGUCGCUCCUACCAGGGAAUCAACGAAGAGAUCAUUUGGGUCAGCAUAGGGAUGGGGAUUGCCAUCGCUGUCCUAAUCACGAUAGCACUUUGCUACAUUAUGCGAGAAAAGUGUAUUCAGAGGCGAGAAUAUUACAUCACGGCAUGAAUCGUCCCCCUUUAACUAAUUAACUAUUAUUGAAUUAGCGAGUAGAAACUUCCUGUAUAUAAGUAGAACGAAUUUCUUCAAAUUGCUCACUAAAAACUUGCCAUUUAAACGCAUUUAAAUUAAAAAAUCGACAAUAAUGAGUUUUGCCGGAUUUCAUGUUAAGUUUCACAGUCCUACCAACUCUAGACUGACACAAAAUCUUGGUAAGUUUUAAAAUCUUAUGUGAUAAAAAAAAUUAAGCUAAAUGACCAGUGCAGAUAUGCCAGGGUAGAAUUAGUCCUAGUCGAACUUUCCAAAGUGCCCCUGUGGUAAAUUUAAAUUCAAUUACGACCGGAAAUUACGCUUUCCUCUUCAAAAUCGGAUGAAAUAGCCCAGCGCUGCCACUCUCCGACAUGUAAAAUGUCAAUUAAUGGAAACACCAAAGUUUACCAACGUCGUUAUCAGCAGGUGCACCAACAUUAAGAAAAUUAAGUCACUAAUUUAAUGCCAAACUUUGUACUCGGAUAGCGAUGUUGAAAAAAAUCUUAUCAGAGCUGAGCUUCAAUGAUAAGAAACCAUUUCGUUUAUUUUCCCCAGAGAGUUUGUCGUAAAAUUUGUCUCGCGCACUCGGGUCGCCAGAUAAAAUCCUACAUUAGCCAAAAAACUUGAAAUAAACGGUGAGUUUUACGGAAAGAGAAGCGUUAAAUCACUAUAGAAAAUCAUUUUUUUUAUUUGACGUUUCCACCAUCUUGUCAUAAUAAAACAAUAGAAUCCAGUGUUCUUCCCUGCUUUGUCAUUCAAUUGUGCCAACUUAAUAAAUCGAUUUUUCAAUAAAACCCGGAAUAAAUUUGAAAUUCAAAAUGCUCUGAUACUUAGAUUUACCACGGGGUUGUAGGCCUAUAUAAUCUUUGUCCUUUUGUGUGGACCAAUACGUAAAUCUGUGUAAUUAGAAUUAAACAUAAAAAUUUAUGUCAAUUUUGUGUAAAUGUACCGGUACUUUAGCCAUUUUAAAUAUGCUUUUCAAGACUUUAUUAAAUGAGUUUC